CUAACACGUCUCGCUCAACUCAUCCUCACUUCACUAAACCAAAUCCCAGAUGCCUCGCUCUCUCGCUCUCCUCUCCUCCCUCCUCGUCCUCGCUCUCAUCGCUGUCGCAGCUCCAAGGGCCGAAAGCGCGAUUUCAUGCGGAAGUGUGGUCUCCUAUCUGGGCCCUUGCAUUAAGUAUGCGCAGGGCCAGGGCCCGCUGACGCCGGGGUGCUGCAGCGGCGUGAAGGGGCUGAAUGCUGCUGCGCAGAGCACACCUGCGUCCGCUGGGAUCAGUGGGCUUAACCCUCAGCUUACCGCCGGGAUUCCUGCCAAAUGUGGUGUUAAUAUUCCUUAUGCUAUUAGCACUUCCACUGACUGCUCUAAGGUGAAAUAAGAGCUCUUUAUGAGGUGGGGACAUAAAAAUCUCUAGUAGGGGUUAUUACAUAGGAGAUUAGAGUAAAAAUAAGGUGGAGGCUGUUCUUGUUCAUGAUCAUGUGCUGAUUGUGGGGAUUAGUCUCUGUCACCAUCUUAGUUUGUGCUCGUGUUUUGGCCUGUAAUCUGCUGUUGCUUUCGUGCUGUGGACUUUGUAGUAUUGUUGUCUUUAUCAUGAGAUCAAUAUAUAUUUCACUUGGGUUAUUUUACGUAUA